AUGGGUUCAACAUGUUGUUACAUAAAGAUGCAGAGCUCGUAAUACGGUAAAAUGAUUAUUUUAUUGAUAAAGAAAUGAAAUUAGAAUAAGGAUCUAAUCCAGUUAUGCUAUAGAAAUAGAGUGUUUCAUAAUAAGAGUAAAAUUAGAUGGUAGAUCCUGUUUCUUUAGAGAAGGAAUCGCAAAUGCAAAUAAAAGUAGAAACAAUGAAUUUAUAGAUCCAAUUAUUAUAAUUAGAAUCUAUUAAAGCUGGAAGUGAUUUAAUUGAAAAGGAAGAAAACACAAUAAAUGUAGAAACUAAACAAAUAAGAAAAUUAUCAAUUGAUUGUGAAUAAUAACAGAAUAUAAAUAACAAAGAAAUACCAAGUCCUAAUCAUUAAGAAUAAAACCUAUUAUAAUUAAGUCCAAUAUAGUUAGAUUCUGCUUUUAAUUUACCUUAACAAUCUCUAUCUCCUUCAAAAAAAAAUAAUAGAAAAGAAUCCUUAGGCGUAGAUUAAUAUAAUAAUACAACUUUUACUUCUCCUCAUCAUGCUAACAAUAAAUAAAUUUAAGAUCAGAGUUUUAGUCCUACUAAAAAAUCAAUAGGCUCUAUGAGUUCCUUAACUAUUCGAAUGGGGAUUGAGUUGUUUGUUAACUUGAAGAAAGGUUCUAUAAAUAAGGUUUACACUUUUGGUUAAGUACUUGGAUAAGGAGCAUUUGGAAAAGUAUGGAAAGUAACUCAUAAAACAACUGGUAAUGUAUUAUGUUUAAUUUAGGUUUGAUAAGACCAAUGAAACAAAUAAAAAAAUCUGAAUUAAUAAAAGAGGAUGAAUAAAAAUUAUUUUAAGAGAUGCAUAUAUUAAAAAAUCUUGAUCAUCCUCAUAUUGUCAAACUAUACGAAUUAUAUUAAGAUCAAAAUAAUUAUUAUAUGAUUACAGAAUAUUUAUCUGGAGGAGAAUUAUUUGAAAGAAUUAAGAAAAUGUAAAUUUUUACAGAAAAAAGAGCCAGUGAAUUAAUUCGAUAAAUCUUACUUGCAAUCAAUUAUUGUCAUGAUUAAAAAAUUGUACAUAGAGAUUUAAAACCAGAAAAUAUUCUUUUUUCAGGUCCUGAACCUGAAUUAAAUCUUAAAAUUAUUGAUUUUGGAUGUUCUCGUAGAUUUAAUACUUCAAAAAUGACAAAAAGAUUGGGAACUGUAUGAAAUUAUUUAAAUUAUCAAAGCCAUAUUAUAUUGCUCCUGAAGUCUUAGGCCAUAAUUAUACUGAAAAAUGUGAUAUUUGGUCAUGCGGAGUUAUUCUAUAUAUUCUCUUAUGUGGUUAUCCUCCAUUUACAGGAAAGACUGAAAAAGAAAUAUUUGAAAAAGUUAAAUUAGGCAAAUUAAGAUUUCCAAGUAUUUUUCUAAUAAUAAAAAAUUAGAUGAGGAAUGGGAAUUCAUAUCGAAAGAGGCUAAACAUUUAAUUUAAAAAAUGAUAUAAGUAGAUGUUAAUUUAAGAUAUUCUGCAUCUUAAGUUUUGAGUGAUCCUUGGUUCUAAAAACACACACAUUAUUAACCUAUUAAUAAAAAAGUGUUAGAAAAUUUAUCUCAAUUUUAAGCAACCAGUGAAUUUAGAAUUGCCAUAGUUUAGUAUAUAAUAUCGCAAAUGACUAAUCAUAAAGAGAUUGAAGAUUUACAACAUACUUUUUAAUCUUUAGAUGCAAAUAGAGAUGGAGUUCUAAGUAAAGAAGAACUUAUUCAAGGAUAUAAGAAAAUUAUUAAAAAUUAAGAGUAAGCUGAAUUAUAAGCUGAAAGAAUUUUGGAAGAUAUAGAUAAAAAUUUGUCUGGAUAAAUUGAUUAUAGUGGUAAAUUAUUCAAUUUAACUUAGAAUUCAUCAUGGCAUCUAUCAAUCAAUCGAAAAUCCUUUCGUAAAAAAAAAUCGAAUAAGCAUUUCGCAUAUUCGAUCUGGAUGGUGAUGGAUAUAUAACAAAACAAGAAUUAGAAGAUGUUAUGGGAACAUUAAAUUAAGACGUUUGGCAAUUAUUUCUUUAAGAAACUGAUCACAAUUAGGAUGGCAAGAUUUCGUACUAAGAAUUUCUCAAACUAUUCUCAUAAUGAAUGUUUGUAUUAAACUAACAUGAAGUUAUUAUAUUGGGA